AUGAACAGUAAUGCUCCGCUUAUCUUUGAUGUGCCUCCUGUGUUUAAGGUGGAGUCCAUAAUUGGGCAAGGCUCAUACGGUGUGGUUUGCAAGGCGUUGUAUGGAAUUGAUCAAAUUGCCAUCAAGAAAAUACCGAACUACACGAAAAGUGACGAGACCGCGCGGCGUGUGUUACGUGAAAUAGAAAUUUUACAGAACUUACAGUUCUGCGAGCAGGUCGUAGAGUGCCGACUUCUUUUUCGGCCGACUAGUCGUGAAAAGGAUGUGUAUGUCGUAAUGAACUUUCUUCCUUCUGACCUCUCCUCCGUUAUCAAGAACAAAUCCGUCCCGCUCAAUGAGAAAAUUAUCUGCUACAUUACAUGUCAACUUUUACUAGCUCUUCGUGCCAUGCACCGCUGUAAUGUACUUCACCGUGACUUGUCUCCACGUAACAUCCUCGUCAAUCACGAUUCGCAGGUAUUUGUGUGUGAUUUCGGUCUCAGUCGUUUCUUUGAUCCCGACGAGCAAUUGUCAUUUGGUGUUGUAACGCAGUGGUAUCGGGCGCCAGAGAUUAUUUUGGAUGCCGAGUACGACGCUGCCAAUGAUAUUUGGGGCGUUGGCGUUAUCGUGUGUGAGUUGGUGCUCAGACGUCAUCUUUUCCCUGGAAAGUGGAACGACUCUGCGGAUCAACUUAAUCACAUCUUCCACCUUGUUGGCACCCCGCCAGCAUCUGUGUUUGAGCAGGGGCAACCGUUUGCUAGGGCUUCUGCGAAUGCAAGAAAAUAUGCUCUUUCUGUUGUGGAGAAGAAACCGUGCUCUCCGAUGUUGCAGGAGUUGCUGAGAAGUUCACCACUUUUUCAGAGCAAUGAGGUGGAGUCGCAUUCGGUGAUUGACCUUGCCGUAAAGCUUCUUUCAUUUAACCCACGUGACAGACCGACAGCUGAUGAUGCGUUGCGUCACCCAUGGUUUGAUCAGUUUCGCUCCUUCAUUGGUGAAAUGAUUGAGACUCAGGACGGUCACGGUGUGGGGACUAUGCAACUUUCAGCCUGUGGUACACUUCCUGUGGAGGAUGUGGUGAAGAGGAUCGAGGAACUCGUUCCAAUUUUCUCACAAGACCUACUAGUUAGCGAUGAUGAGGAUUGA